AUGUACUAUUCAGAUGAGCUUAACUUGCCAAAGACAGAUUCGUCAAGAUGGAGACUAAGAACAGAUCCAGUUGGAAGGGAAACGUGGCAUUACGUAUCAGAAGAGGAAAAAACACACGAGACACAAUCGUCAUAUGUUCAAUGGCUUUUGAAAUCACCAGAUUUUGUACCCCCAGCAGCCACCAGGGUUGAAUCUCCAUCUGAAGCAUUGGAAAAGGGUGCAGAUUUUCUUAAACUCUUGCAAUUGGAAAAUGGAAUUUUCCCUUGCCAAUACAAAGGGCCCAUGUUUAUGACAAUAGGAUAUGUUGCUGCCAAUUAUUUCAGUGGUAAUCCAAUUCCUGAACCAUUCAGGGUGGAGAUGAUAAGGUACAUUGUCAAUACAGCUAACCCUGUGGAUGGAGGUUGGGGGUUGCAUUCGGUCGAUAAAUCUACUUGCUUCGGAACAACUAUGAAUUAUUUGUGUCUUCGUUUGUUGGGAUUGGGUCCGGAUCAUCCUGUUUUGGUUAAGGCGAGGAAAACUUUACAUCGUUUGGGAGGUGCAAUAAGGAAUCCACACUGGGGCAAGGCAUGGUUGGCAGUAUUGAAUUUGUAUGAUUGGGAGGGUGUCAACCCUGCCCCACCUGAGCUAUGGACCCUACCUUAUAGUAUGCCAAUUCAUCCUGGAAGAUGGUGGGUACACACUAGGGCAAUAUACUUACCAUUGGGUUAUUUACUGGCAAAUAAAGUGACAUGUAAACUAGACCCAACUUUGGAAGAGCUAAGAAAUGAAAUUUACUUACCCAAUCAAUUACCGUACGAGUCAAUCGAUUUCAGUGCAAACAGAAAUAAUGUUUGUGGUGUUGACUUGUAUUAUCCACAUACAAAAAUUCUUGACUGUGCUAAUUAUGUUUUGAGCAAGUGGGAGAAAAUCCGUCCCAGUUGGUUGUUGAAUUGGGUAAACAAAAAGGUUUACGACUUGAUUGAGAAGGAGUAUCAAAAUACGGAUUAUUUGUGUAUUGCUCCGGUAAGCUUCUCAAUGAACAUGGUGGUCACUUUCCAUAGGGAGGGUCCACAUUCUAAAAACUUUUUAGGAUUGCAAAAUAGAAUGAAUGACGUAUUAUUCCAUGGGCCACAAGGUAUGACAGUGAUGGGUACAAAUGGGGUCCAAGUUUGGGAUGCAGCAUUUAUGGUUCAAUACUUUUUUAUGAGUGGGUUGGUUGAUGACGAAAAAUACCAUGAAAUGAUUAGAAGAUCCUAUCUUUUCUUGGUGAGAUCUCAAUUUACUGAUAAUUGCGUUGAAGGUAGUUUCAGGGAUAGAAGAAAAGGUGCUUGGCCAUUCAGCACUAAAGACCAAGGAUACACAGUUAGUGAUUGUACUGCUGAAGCGAUGAAGGCGAUAAUAAUGGUGCGAAAUGAUGAAAGGUUCAAGGAUAUUAAGGACGUGAUUGAGGAUGAGAAACUUUACGAUGCAAUUGAAGUCUUGUUGCAGAUCCAAAAUGUUGGAGAUUGGGAAUACGGAUCCUUUUCUACAUACGAGGGAAUCAAAUCUACAGUAUUGUUGGAGAAAUUGAACCCUGCUGAAGUAUUCAACAACAUCAUGGUUGAAUACCCGUAUGUUGAAUGCACGGACUCGUCAGUGUUGGGCCUCACAUAUUUCCACAAACACUAUCCACAAUAUAAGCCAAAAGUUAUCCAAAGUGCCAUUGAUAGCGCAAUAGAGUAUAUAAGGGCAGCACAAAGCAAAGUGGAUGGAUCGUGGUAUGGUUGCUGGGGGAUUUGCUACACUUAUGCAUCCAUGUUUGCCCUUGAAGCCUUCAACAGUGUGGGAUUGAACUAUUCAAAUUCAGAAUCCGUCAAAAGAGGAUGCGACUUUCUCAUAUCAAAGCAAUUGAAAGAUGGUGGGUGGUCCGAAUCAAUGAAAUCGUGCGAAACCCAUACUUAUGUCAAUGGUGAGAAAUCACUAGUUGUGCAAACAGCAUGGGCAUUGAUUGGGUUAAUCUUGGCUGACUAUCCCGAUGAUGAGCCUAUUUGGAAGGGAAUCCAAUUGCUUAUGGACCGUCAGUUGCCAACAGGUGAAUGGUCAUUUGAAGAUGUUGAAGGUGUGUUUAAUCACAGUUGUGCGAUAGAGUACCCUUCAUACAGAUUCCUAUUUCCAAUCAAGGCGUUAGGAUUGUACGUGAAGAGAAAGUCGAGUAAAGAAUAG